AUAAAUGAUCUAACUGAUGCACUUUUGAACGCAUUCUACGAAGCAAAAGGAGAAGAUAACAAAGUUUCGCAACUGCUGACCGAGGAUCAUCUAAUUAUGACCAUGAAUGACGUAUUCAACGCUGGUAUUCAGUCCACGAUAGCAACGUUGCUAUGGAUACUAUCGUAUAUGGUCAAUUACCCACACGUCCAAGCGCGCGUUCACUCUGAGUUAGAUGACGUCAUUGGCCGUGAUCGCCAGCCUUGUCUGGAAGACCGAGGUAAGCUUCCUUAUUUGGAAUGCACCGUUGCUGAAGUGUUGCGCAUAGCAACGACAACCCCGCUGUCCAUUCCUCACAAAGCAACACGGGACAGUUCGUUGGCAGGAUAUGACAUACCAAAGAAUACCAUGGUGAUGACAAACUUAUGGGCGCUCCAUCACGACCCUGAUGAGUGGGAUGAACCGGAAGUGUUUAGGCCGGAACGGUUUCUUGACGAAAAAGGAAAUUUCUCUCCCUCAGGCCCCCAGGGGUUUCGUAGUUUCCUGCCCUUUAGUGCCGGUCGCCGGGUAUGUCUAGGCGAGUCCCUCUCCAAAGCGGAGUUAUUUCUAGUUUCCGCCAGGCUGCUUCAUCAGUUUAAGUUUGAAAGAGCGCCAGGGAAACCACUACCAGAUCUGACCGGCGAGGUGGGAGUCGUGUUAGUUCCUAGAUCGUAUGAACUUAUUGUCAAGAACAGACUUUAA